UACUAGAAAUCGAUCAAUAGCGAAAAUCGAGUUACAACGUGUUUGGCGCAGUAGAUUCUCUACGCACUUUCCAGAUUGUAAAUAAUACAUUGUAAGAACUUGUCUGGAAGACAGUUUUCAUUUUUCCAGGUCACCUGCUAUACGCUUUCGCCAUUACCUGUCACUGCCAAAAUGUCAGCAUCACCAAUUGCUCGUCAGGCCGCUCAACCUCAAGGCCAAGCCAUCCCUAGACGAAUUCUCAUUAACAAUGCCAGUGAAUUACCACAUGAUUACUCCAGCACACCCAAUGGGACUCUGUACUCAACCACUCCUGGAGGCACUAAAAUUAUCUAUGAUCGGAACUUCCUCCUUCAGAUGCGUAAUUCUCCUGUUGCUAGAACACCCCCAAAGAAUCUACCUGUGAUUCCUGGUGUCACUUGUGAUAGUCCUCACAAGGAGAAAUCCAAGUUGUUGAAUGGUCAGAAAAAUGUUACAACACAGCACAAACCUGUUGAACUUCCUACAGUUGAAGUUGAAAAAGUUGAAGACAAGAAACAAGAAGAACCUCAAUUUGAAAUGGACAUUUGAAUUCGCAUUCAAGCACAAAUCCAACCAAGCUGUAGACUUUUUUCAUGUUUUAUGAACUUGGAAGGCUUAACAAGUUCUUAAU